UGCUCGUGUGUUCCUGCCGCUAGCUUCACUCUCCACUGUGCGCCUGAUUAUUUUUACGCCGUCGAGUCUGGCGGUGAAAUCCAGGUCAUCUCCGCUGGAUCAGCAGCCAGCACGGCUCAGCCUUCUGCUCUCCGCGGACUCAUAGUGCCAUUUCCUGAUUCCUCUUUGCAGAGUGAGCUUGCAGUCUGAAGGAUGAGGUGGGGCGCAUUGAUUAGCAUGCUGCUAUGCUGAGAAGAGUUUAUCCACCCAGGACGAGCGGCAGCGACUACACGUUCCCUUCCUAAAUCAGCUAUCUGACACCUGCUCUGAAUCAAGUACCUGUCUGGAUCUUACCCUCACACACUCACACACAGCUAUGGCUGGCUGGCUCUGGCUGGGAGGGUAAUCGGUGCGCUGGUUGCCCUGGCAACCCCACCCUGAUUACUGCUGAAUUGAGCCCUAGUCCGCCACUGAAGACUUUUUAGCCCCCCUCCACCUUUUCUUCUGAGUUUCUAUUGCCCUUUCCUGGAGGUAGAGGGCAGGAGCUAUGGACUUGUGAGGUGAGAAUGGCAGCAAGGCGGCUGUUCGGCCCCCAGGAGCCCUCAGGCAGUCGGAGCCAAUAACGUGGGUGCCCACACACGCACGCACACACACGGGCCGAGCGGCAGGAGCAGUAUGCAGGAGGCUGACCUACCGGCCACCAAUGCUUUCACAGAGUGCAGAUUCCAGUGUGCUAACGGCAGAUGUCUGAACCUGGGCUCGCAGGUCUGUGAUCAGUUCAACCACUGCGGAGACAACAGUGAUGAGGAGCACUGCCCCAUCUCCACCCAGCAUCCUGCAUCUGCCAUCUUCAGCUCUGAACUGGAGUUUGUGCAGAUCGUGAUCAUAAUUGUCGUGAUGACUGUGAUGGUGGUGGUGGUCGUGUGCCUGCUCAACCACUACAAACGCACCACGUGGUCGUUCCUGAGCCGGGCAAGUCAGGCACAGAGUCAGGAUCUCUCUCUGCAGCCGGAGGGUUCUUUGUGGCCAUCAGAUAAUGGGCUGAGACAAGGAGCAUCUGAGGUGGUGUACGCUCCUCAGCCAAGGGACCGUUUCACCGCUCCCACUUUCAUGCAGCACAACCGCUUCAGACGUUUCCAGCCUACGUACCCAUACCUGCAGCAUGAGAUCGACCUGCCACCCACCAUCUCGCUGUCAGACGGGGAGGAACCGCCACCGUACCAGGGCCCCUGUACACUGCAGCUGAGAGACCCCGAACAGCAGCUCGAGCUCAACAGAGAGUCCGUACGUGCCCCGCCCAACCGGACCAUCUUUGACAGCGACCUCAUUGACAUGCACAGUUCAGGGGGUGGCGGUGGGCCGCGACCUCCCAGUAGCAACUCUGGGAUCAGCGCCACCAGCUCCAGUACCCAUGGACGCAUGGAGGGCCCUCCGCCCGCUUACAGUCAAGUCAUUGGGCAGCAGCCGGGCAUCGUACUUUACCUCCACCAGCACAGCAAUAACCCGCCCCUCACUGUCACUGUGCAGACUCCACCCAGGGGCCGGACAGAUUUAAAUAGCCCAGAGAGCACAAUAGGUUUAAGCAAAGACAGACAAAAGGAGGAGCUAGUGUGAGGGGGUGGGGCUAGCACACGAUUGGCCAAUCGCGAUCACUCUCCACCCAUAAAGGGAACAGGUUCUCCCUCUUGACACUCCCGUGCACAAC